CACACAGAAGAUUCUUCAUUGCUGAUUAUUGAUUCGGCAGAUGAACACCCUCGCUAGACAGUGAGGACUGGAGUAAGCCUCUGCAUCUCAUCACAGCAGUGGGGGAGAAGGCAAACUGGGGACUGGAUCCCACAGCCCAGUCUAUUCCUUCCUUUCCACAGUCCAGCUUGCAAUCCGGCUAUGUGAGCCGGUCUGGGUCUCCACUCACAGGGAAAGGCUUUGCUGGCAGCAGCCUGAACAAACCCGGAAAACAGCCCUCCUCUGCUCUGGAGCCCAAACCAGGAGAGUCCCACCCGCAUCUACCUUUCCGGAGCAAGGUCAGCUCUCCAAGGCCAGCUCGCCUCCACUCGCUGGUUUAGCCCCUCCCCUCCAGGCCAGCCGCUGCAGGUAUAUCUGGCUCCGCCCUAGGUCUACCUGCCAAGCCAGGUGGGUGGAGUGUGAGCUGAGUCGGACUCUCCCGGUCCUGGACUCUGCACCCUUAGGUGCCUGGGUCUUGCCUCUUGGCAGAGCCUCUGCCCUCUGCGCUGCCAUGGAAGGGGCCAGAGCCCCAUCGCCCCAGGAAGAGCUGGAGCUCUCGAUUCUGGAGGGGCAGCGGGAAGAGGAGACGCCUCUUAACACCGUCCACAUCCAGCCUUGCUCCGCGGAGAACCCUAGACCGGCCCAGGCGAACAAGGAAAGUCCCUGGAGUCCCUGUAACAGGACCGUGGUUGGAAAAUGUAAGCUGUGGAUGGUCAUCGUCACCAUUUUCCUGUGUUUCACUCUAGUGAUCAUUAUAAGUUUAUGCCUUAUAGGAGUAACUUACAUCGAUGAAGAUGAAAAUGAAAUUCCUGAAUUAUCAUCAAACAAAACCUUCUUCAUCAUGCUCAAGAUUCCAGAGGAGUGUGUUAAUGAAGAGGGAUUGCAUCACUUGCUCACUAAAAGGCUCACAGACAUGUACAGAGAGUCACCAUCUCUGAGUCGUUAUUUCACUUCUGCUGAAAUCAUGGACUUCAGCGUUGAGAAUGCCACAGUGACCUAUCACCUGCAGUUCGGAGUUCCAGCUGAAGACGAUGGCUUCAUGGACUACAUGAUGAGUGAAGAGUUGGUGCUUGGCAUUAUACGACAGAAUUUCCACGAUAAGAACGUAUCUAGUUGUGAGAGUCUUGGGCUUGACCCAGAAUCUCUCUUGCUCUACGAAUGAAGCGGUGGAGGUUGGUCUGUGUCAGAAAGCAGUGCUUUGCAGAGUUUCAGAAUGAAGAGAAUUCAGAAACCUAUCUAAAAGUGACCAGCAGGAGGAGACAGCCCCACUCACUCUCGUUCUGCACAGAUUGGAAGUCCAGCUCUGUAGCUGGGAUUUGAGAAAGCUGUUGCGAGAGGCGUCCCAGCUGGGUUCCUGAGCUCCAUGAGGUCUGGGGUGAAUCAUAGCUCCCAUAGCGUGAGAUUCCUGCUGUUUUUGAGGCACUGGCUGCCUCUACUCGAACGUGGAUGUUUUUUGUGUAGCACAAGGAUAGUACCGGCUUUGUUUUAGGCAGGUUCUGUUAGCCUGCACUGAUGGGGCAAGGAGAAAGCAAGAGUCAGGGGAAGGGGGGAACCGAGUCAAUUGUUCAUUCAAACCCUCUCGCCACUCACAAUUAUGUUGGCUGGACCUUUAAGUCAAGGGUGGGAGGAAGAGCAAGGUAAGUCCAAGACCUAAAGAGCAGAGCUCUUCAUCUGCCUCCACCGCAUGUCCCUGGGUGCAUGGACAGCAGAGCCCGGGUGUAUCACUGAGUGUUACAUAUAGAAAUGUGUUCUUGCUUCUGUUCUCUUCACUGUUCCUCAGUAUCUGUUUUAGAAAACCUAAGUCUGUGAGUUCUCAAGCUGCCAUCUUUUAAGAUUGCCACCAACUCAAAUUUUAUUAUUAUUUUAUAUAAAGGUCAUCAAAAGAUCAUUAGUACUGCUUACUUCCUGCUACGGAUACCACACACUGGCUUUGCGUUGUUGCCUGAUGUCACCAGCCUUUCUGUAGGACACACUCACUGUCUGAUUUGUUAUUGCAUGUCUUACUGCAGAUGAUCGCUAAUCAGAGAAUCUCUGUCCUUUGGAAACUGUUGAAAGAGGCAUGCCUGUCCCUUGUGAAGGCAAGGAGGACGUUAGUGACUGUAUCAGUCACCUGUAGAUAAAGCAUGCCUGCCAUGAGGGAAUAAAAUAUUUGUUUUGUUUAAAAUUGUCUUCCUGGAAAUUUUCUGGGAUAGAGAGUUUCAUUGUUGUAAAUUGAGAAAUUCCUAGCCUGAUACCUCAGAUAGAUUAGUCACGGAUGUAGGUCACUAUGGCAGACUGCUGUGUAUGAGUCUGUGUCAAGUGUAGGGUUCUGAACAAUGUGAAUUUGCUUUCUUAUUUAACAACUAUGUAUUAUAGUAGUAAUAAUUAUCUAUAUUGUAAUUUAUUGUUUCGUUUUCAGUGUAGUUCCUUAAACUACUGAAAUGGGUGGAUUUUUCUCCUCCCCUUUAUUUUUUACAUGUAAAAUGUAAACCUCCCUGUGCCUGUACUGUUUUGAAAGUAAUGAGGAAUUUUAAUAUAUAAUGAUUUAAAAAAAUUUACAAUAAAUUAUUUUUGCAACUGUGUUUUA